AUGGCAAGAACAAAAAAGACAAAGAGGAUUGAAAACUCUGAUGGCUCCUCUUUCCGAGUUCAGAUUAGUGAACUUUCAGACCAGUCGCCUGAUACCGCAGGGACCCAAGGUGGCCCUUCUGCCGAGAGCUCUGAGGAGGGAGCUAAGGUAGCCCCUUCCCACUUCACUGUUAACCUGGCCAGUCAGCAGACGACCCCUGAAGAAGAAGAGGGGUCGGGCCCCUCAAGGAGAGGGGAGGAGUCGGACUCUUCUAAUAGCGAGUCUGACUCUAGCUCUUCAAGUCGUCUCUCUAUAAACUCAGAGGAAAGGCAUUCUCGUUUGCAUGAGGCGAGACUGUCUCAUGCGGCUAAAAAGGGGGACGACUGGUCGGAACCAUCCGCCUCUCAUAGGGAGUUGAAUACUCCUUAUUACUGUCAUGUCCCAAAGGGCCACAUCAAGGCCAUGAAAGAGCGAAUAGACUCUUUUGUAUUGGACCAUGUGAUGGGUCCUAAUUUCCAAGUUUUUGUGCCGGAUGCUGAAGAUGCCGUCACCUGGCCAGCUAGAGCCAGCUAUGGGGACGCCUGCUUUGGCUCUGAAGCUAUGGACCACAUUUCUGCGUCAAAGAAGGCGGUCGCCUUGAUGCGGACCUCCAUCAUGCAGCAGAAGCGAACCUCUUCUGAAUCUCUUGCCAAGGAGACGCCCAUAGCGGGCACUUCCAAACCCUCUUCCUCCCAACAGCCGGACUCAAAAGUUCGGAAGAUGACUGCUGGGAGUACGUCUGGAUCUGCCAGGAAGCAGUCGGCUGACAAACAACCGAUCACCCCACAAAGUGUGGGUAAACCAUCACAAGCCCUUAGGGACAGUCGGCCGCCAAGAGGCGGCCAUCAAGAACCAGACUUGGUCGAGAUGGCCAAGUCAAUGAUCAAGGCUAUCCCUCUAGAGGAGAGGGAUGCGGUCAAGGGAGUCGGCACCCUUGACUUAGACGGCAUCAUGGGUCUCCUAUCUGAGAUCAUGAGGCAGGCGGCUGAGGAAGACGAGGCGGUUGACUCCAGCUCAGAGGAGGAAGAGGAGGUGGCCCUGCAACCGAUUGAGGUGGAUGCGCAUAAUGCUCCUGCCCCUGAAGGCGAGUCGUCAAAAGAUGGGGCUUUGAAGAAUCAAGCACCCGACGCUAAGCUCGACCAGGCGGCAGUUGAAACUCAAACUCCUCCCAAUGUUUAA